CGCGAGUGGCCGGUCGCUCGCUUUCAUCUUUUUCAUCUAUCUUUGUAUCCCCGCGCGAAAGAUCAAACUUAUCGGCCAUGGAGUCACGCACGAUGGAACAUCGGAGAGCCACCUAUAAGAACAAAGGUGGCCUGAAGCAGGAUGAUCUUAGGCGGCGUCGCGAAGAGCAACAGGUCGAAAUUAGACGACAGAAACGUGAGGAGAACAUCGCGAAAAGGAGGAAUUUCCUCCCGACAUCCUCUCUCGACUCUGAUGAAGAGCCAACGACGAGCUCUUGGGAGCCGCCACUUGCGGAAGAAAUGAUCUCGGGUGUGUUCUCAAACGACCCAGAUCGUCAGCUAGACGCGACGACCAAGUUCAGAAAGUUGUUGUCAAAGGAGAGGAACCCUCCCAUCGACAAAGUCAUCGAAUGUGGUGUAGUCCCCCGAUUUGUAGAAUUUCUGCGAGGCGGAAAUUCUAUGCUCCAGUUCGAGGCAGCCUGGGCACUGACAAAUAUCGCCUCAGGAACCGCAGAGCAUACCCAAGUCGUCAUUGCUAGCGGAGCUGUCCCUGAGUUCAUCAAUCUCCUAUCUUCCCCAGUGUUGGACGUCCGCGAACAAGCUGUGUGGGCCUUGGGAAACAUUGCUGGUGACAGCCCGCAAUGCAGAGAUUAUGUCUUGCAGCAGGGUGCACUGAGGCCCUUGUUACAACUCCUGAGUGAGAACCACAAAUUAAGCAUGCUGAGGAACGCUACAUGGACCUUGAGCAACUUCUGCCGAGGAAAGAACCCGCAACCAGAUUGGGAACUGAUCUCCCCUUCGUUGUCUGUCUUGACGAAGCUAAUCUACUCGAUGGAUGACGAGAUUCUGAUAGAUGCUUGCUGGGCUAUCUCCUACCUCUCAGAUGGCUCUAAUGAUAAAAUCCAAGCCGUCAUCGAGUCGGCCGUGUGCCGAAGACUGGUAGAUCUUCUCAUGCAUCCUUCAACUGCUGUGCAGACCCCUGCUCUCCGUUCCAUUGGAAACAUCGUCACCGGGGACGAUCUUCAGACUCAAGUGGUCAUUGCAUCCGGCGCUCUCCCUGCGUUACUCUCUCUGCUGUCUUCACCGAAGGAAGGCAUCAGAAAAGAGGCUUGUUGGACCAUCUCCAACAUCACAGCAGGAUCGCCUGCUCAGAUUCAAGCGGUUAUCGACGCCAACAUUAUUCCACCACUUAUCAACAUCCUUCAAAAUGCAGAUUUCAAAACCCGCAAAGAAGCCUGUUGGGCCAUUUCGAACGCUACGUCCGGUGGCCUCCAGGAACCUGCACAGAUCCGUUAUCUUGUUUCCCAGGGUUGCAUCAAACCUCUUUGUGACCUGCUGACCAUGAUGGACAACAAGAUUAUCCAGGUGGCUCUUGAUGGACUCGACAACAUCUUAAAAGUCGGUGAGAUGGACAAGCAGGCUGCAGGACCGGGUGCUGUCAAUCAAUAUGCCGUGUAUGUCGAGGAGGCUGGUGGGAUGGUGACCAUCCACAAUCUUCAGUCGCAUGACAAUUUGGAUAUCUAUAAAAAGGCAUUCAACAUCAUGGACAAGUACUUCCCCGACGAAGAAGAGGUCGACGCAGCUAUCAGUGCUCCUAGCGUCGACUCUUCCGGCGCUUAUGCUUUCCACUCUGAUGUCAGUGCCCCGCAAGGUGGCUUCAGCUUUGGCCAACAGUGAUUCAUGUCCUCACACCCACACUGUUAAACUUUCUCCUCUUCAAUCGCCGUUCUGCGUAAUGAAAUGUCACGUAUUCCCUGCAUACAGCUAGUUGUAGUUGGUACCUAUCUGUAGCGACACGCGUCUAACGGACGCUCUGCAGUUCGCAAGUAACGAAGUUUGUAUUGUCCAUGAAGACGUACUCGUAGUGGAUUGGUAAUUGGCGACGAUUAUUUGAUUUUGCC